GGUGCGGGCUGUUCCAUGCCUUCAUUGGCUGUGGGCUCACCAAGGGGCGAUGCCCUGAAGGGUUCUGCGGGCUGGCAUUGGACUCCGCAGAAGGAGGCGUGGCUGGUUGAAGUCAGUUCCGGUUGGUGUAAAACCCCCGGGGCGGCGGCGAACGGGCUUCAGAUGCUUCUGGGUGGUGGUGGCGUCUGCAGACCUGUCCGUGCGUUUCCAGCUUGCGAGCUUAGUGCGAGAGCAACGCGACGAGGGAUGGCGGCCACCGGCACCGUCGCGGCCACGGGCAAGCUCCUCGUCCUGGUGCUGCUCGGACUCACGGCGCCCGCCGCGGCGCUAGCCGGCUACAUCGAGGCUCUGGCAGCCAAUGCUGGAACUGGAUUUGCUGUUGCCGAGCCCCAAAUUGCAAUGUUUUGCGGGAAGUUAAACAUGCAUGUGAACAUUCAGACUGGGAAGUGGGAACCUGACCCAACAGGCACCAAGAGCUGCUUAGGAAGAAAAGAAGAAGUUCUUCAGUACUGUCAAGAGAUGUAUCCAGAGCUGCAGAUCACAAACGUGAUGGAAGCAAACCAGCCAGUCAGUAUUGACAAUUGGUGCCGAAAGGACAAGAAGCCAUGCAAGACUCACAUUGUUAUACCGUUCAAGUGUCUGGUGGGUGAAUUUGUGAGUGACGUUCUGCUGGUUCCAGAAAAGUGCCAAUUUUUCCACAAAGAGCGACUGGAGGUGUGCGAGAACCAUCAGCACUGGCACUCCGUGGUCAAGGAGGCGUGUCUGACUCAGGGAAUGACCUUAUAUAGCUAUGGCAUGCUGCUUCCCUGUGGGGUGGACCAGUUCCACGGCACUGAAUAUGUGUGCUGCCCUCCAACAAAAGAAAAGGAGGAAGAGGAGGAGGAGGAAGAGGAAGAGGAGGAGGAAGACUAUGACAUCUAUAAAAGUGAAUUUCCUACUGAGGCAGAUUUGGAAGACUUCACAGAAGCUGCUGUAGAAGAGGAGGAUGAGGACGAGGAUGACGAUGAGGAAGGAGAGGAAGUGGUGGAAGACCGGGAUUACUAUUAUGACAACUUCAAAGGAGAUGACUACAAUGAGGAGACCCCCACUGAGCCCGGCAGUGAAGGCCCCAUUUCUGAAAAGGAGAUCACGCACGACGUUAAAGCUGUCUGCUCCCAGGAGGCCAUGACGGGGCCCUGCCGGGCCGUGAUGCCUCGUUGGUACUUCGACCUCUCCAAGGGAAAGUGCGUGCGCUUUAUAUAUGGCGGCUGCGGCGGCAACAGGAACAAUUUUGAGUCUGAGGAUUAUUGUGUGGCUGUGUGUAAAGCGAUGAUUCCCCCAACUCCUCUGCCAACCAAUGAUGUGGAUGUGUAUUUCGAGACCUCUGCAGAUGAUAACGAGCAUGCUCGCUUCCAGAAGGCUAAGGAGCAGCUGGAAAUUCGGCACCGCAAUCGCAUGGACAGGGUGAAGAAAGAAUGGGAGGAGGCGGAGCUUCAAGCCAAGAACCUUCCCAAAGCAGAGAGGCAGACUCUCAUUCAGCACUUCCAAGCCAUGGUUAAAGCUUUAGAGAAGGAAGCAGCGAGUGAGAAGCAGCAGCUGGUAGAAACGCACCUGGCGCGAGUGGAAGCCAUGCUGAACGAUCGGCGGCGGAUGGCUCUGGAGAAUUACCUGGCUGCCCUGCAGUCCGACCCCCCACGGCCAUAUCGCAUUCUCCACGCCUUGCGGCGAUAUGUCCGUGCUGAGAACAAAGAUCGGCUACACACCAUCCGUCAUUACCAGCAUGUGUUGGCUGUUGACCCAGAAAAGGCUGCCCAGAUGAAAUCACAGGUGAUGACCCAUCUCCAUGUUAUUGAAGAAAGGAGGAACCAGAGCCUCUCUCUUCUCUACAAAGUCCCUUACGUGGCCCAAGAAAUUCAAGAGGAAAUUGAUGAGCUGCUUCAGGAACAGCGUGCACACAUGGACCAGUUCACUGCCUCCAUCUCAGAGAACCCCGUGGACGUCCGGGUGAGCUCAGAGGAGAGCGAGGAGGUGCCACCGUUCUACCCUUUCCAUCCCUUUCCAGCCUUGCCUGAGAACGAAGACCCUCAGCCGGAGUUGUACCACCCAGUGAAGAAAGGCUCUGGAGUGGGAGAGAAGGAUGGGGCACUGAUUGGUGCAGAAGAGAAAGUGAUUAACAGUAAGAAUAAAGUGGAGGAACAUAUGGUCAUCGAUGAGACUCUCGAUGUUAAGGAAAUGAUUUUCAAUGCUGAGAGGGUUGGAGGCCUUGAGGAAGAGCCGGAGUCCACGGGACCUCUGCGGGAGGACUUCAGUCUGAGCAGCAGUGCUCUCAUUGGCCUGCUGGUCAUUGCGGUGGCCAUUGCCACGGUCAUCGUCAUUAGCCUAGUGAUGCUGAGGAAGAGGCAGUAUGGCACCAUCAGCCACGGGAUUGUGGAGGUUGACCCCAUGCUGACCCCAGAAGAGCGUCACCUGAACAAGAUGCAAAAUCAUGGUUAUGAAAACCCAACCUACAAGUACCUGGAGCAGAUGCAGAUAUAAGUGACGGGAGGCAUGUCACCCCCUGGUCGGACUGGGGGGUGCAGGUGAGCAGAAGAGGACCAGCAGCUGCUGCCAGUGGGGUCGGCUGAUAUCCUGAUCCCUGCAUCACUGAGACCAGGAAGUGUACUACUGUAGAACUGCAAUCCCAUUCUUUUAAAGGAGUGACAAAUGUUAAUAUAACAAUAUAUGAUAUAUAGACCUUACGUGAAAUGAAAAGUUCUAUCUAUUGCAGAUAUUUGACUGAUGCAAUUUUCUUUUUAAAUUAAUCAGAAGCAACCCCACUUCUGUUGUAUCGUCUUACACCCGCACUCGAUAUAAAUGGAAACUGUUGAUUUUUGUUUUUAGACUGUAUAUGCAGACUGUUCCAGUUACAUUGUAUAAAUCCACUGUGCUAGGCUC